UGUAUGUUUAAUAUUAUAUAAGGAAGUAAUCGGCUAUUGAUAUAGAUAAUUUCCGUACAAUAAACAGAUUGUGAAAUACACAAUCGUAUAUGUGUACAUGUAGUCAUUUGGGUUUACGACCACCUUUUGGAGUUACAAACGGGAUUUUAUCAGUCAAAGUAAUGUAAGAAAUUAAUACACCGACAGUUUAGACUGACGAUGUCAACAGAUGACAUACACAAAGGCGAACAAUGGACUCCGAACUAUGGGCUUACUAACGAUGACGAGGUAGUGGACAGUGAACACGUUUCUGGUGACAGUCUUCCCAUGGAACACCUUCUAUAUAUAAGAACGAUGUCGGAUUCUAACCAAAAUAAAGAACACGUGGAUGCAGAACAGUCUGAUAAGAAUAUAGAGAGUACAAAACAGUGCGUUUGUGAUGUUUAUGAUGAGAUUCAGAAACUUAUCACUCAUACUGACAUAGAAGAGAAGCUAAAGGAAGAAUUAUCAAUAGAGUUUGGGGAUUUGUCUGUUGUAAUUGGGAGACUUAAGGAAGAGUUGAUGGAAAGUGAUUGUCCUAUAGUUGUAACAGGGGAGACAUCAGCAGGUAAAAGCAGUUUUAUCAAUUUACUGAUUGGGUGCAAACUUCUCCCUUAUUCUGUAUUAUCCUGCACAUCAACUAUAUGCCGACUUCGGAACAGACACGAAAAGGCUCUGCAUUUGGUCGAUGAACAUGAUACAGUGACCAAACUACCCCUUCCUUCCAACAUAGACGCAGAAACCAUGAACGAGAAACUACAGGAAUAUGUCAACCCUGACGAUAACCAGAAUUGCUAUAAAUACGUGGACAUAGACUGGCCCAUACCAAUACUUCAGGAUGGUGCUGUAAUUGUUGACACUCCAGGAAUUGGAACAAAUUCAAAACUAACAUCAUGUCUUCUGGAUUAUCUUCCAAAAGCAAUUUCUUUAAUAUAUGUUAUAAAGAGUAGCAAUGCUGGUGGUGUUCAGAAUGACCGACUGCUGAAGAUUUUCGAGGAACAGACCGAAAGUAAAUGUGUAUACAAACUAGAUCCAAACAGAGCAAUAUUUGUAUGCAAUAUGUGGGAUCAAAUCUCCAAAAAAGAAGAAAACAAGGUGUCAACAUAUAUUGUACAAGAACUAAAGAAAAGCUGGCCAAACUUUAAAGAGACCCAAAUGUUUAAACUAAGUGCUAAAAAGGAGUCGAAAAAAGUCUUUGUAAAUGGACCAGAGACAGGAUCUGACAGUUUCAAGGGCAUUCUUCGACGGAUUAAAGAAAUGAUUCCUGUUUGCUUACAAGCUAAAAUUUCAAGCCAUUUAAGGUGGCAGCACGAUUUCAUGGAACAAAUGUUGAGAAGAAUUGUAGGAAGAAUAAAACUUUCUAUGAAAACGGAAGAAGAAAAAAUAAAAAUUCAGCGAGACGUUGAUGAAAGAUUAAAGAAACUAAAGCAUGAUAUUAAAGAGGUACAGUGCAAAGUAACAGAAGAGGCGGAGAAUAAAUGUAAACAAAUAUCAGAAAAGCUACACGACCACAUAAAAUCAAAAGAGACCGUUAGCAGAAUAUUCAUGUGGUCAAUACAUGAACUACCAGAAUAUUCACAAUUUGAUGAGAUAGAGUAUAAGGCAAGACAGAUGAUAAUUGGAAGAAUCAAUGAUGAAAUUCGUGAAUGGUGUCAACGUGACGAAAUCAGUAAUUUUACGAAGGAUUUAUCAGACAUGUUUUACACAGAAUGUAAGCUUAUUGAAGAGGAACGUCAGAAAAUAAAUGAGGUUUUGUUCGGUGAGGAAUUAUCGUUAGGAAAAGGACUCCAGACGCAGCAUGAGACAAACAAGGACGACACUCAUGCUCCGUUGUUUACAAAACAAGAAAAAAUUGUAUUGGCAGUGUCUUCCCCUCUUUGGCUUCCGUUAAUAGUUGGUGCUGGAAUUAUAGCAUUGCCAUUUGGAGCGGCUGCUGGGUUAAAAGCAAUAGUACAGGAAAAAAUAAAAAUUAAAGAUUAUAAAACAAACAAAUUAAAGUUUAUGAUGGACUGGAGCAAUGAAGUAUUGAACGAAUACAACAAAUUUGCUAUUUAUAAAAUCAUUUCAGAAACCUAUUUGAAAGAUUUUCACAAAAGUGUUAAGCGUGUUUGCGAGACUGCGAUCCCUCAGCAGAUCGAAGCUGAUGAAAAAUACAUUAGCAACAUCAAAAAUGAUAUCCGUUCAUCGAGUCUUAUAAGAAAACAAUACAAACCUCUUGAAUACUUGUGUAAAGCCAUUCUGGGUAAACUUAUGUUUAUGGACAUAGAGUUUUGUGGAAACCAAAUUGCUGAUGGAAAUAUCAAAGAAUUAAAAGAGAUGACCGAAAUCGGACACGGACAAUUUUCAGAUGUAUAUCAAGUUGAAAUUAAAAUAGGUGACAAAUGGGAAAAAGCCGCCGUGAAAACGAUAAGAAAACCAUUUCACAUCACUCAGUCUUAUGUUCAACUGAUAGAAGUUGAAAAUUUGAGAAAGCUUACUCAUCCAAAUAUAGUAAGAUUGUAUGGUGUAGGUAUUAAACAUAGCACACAGAACAAACGAUUUCUUCAAAUUUUCAUGGAGUAUUGUGAAGACACUUUAGAAGAUGUCGUUAUGAAGAAAAGAGAACCACCACCUUGCUUUAGAUUUAGAAAUAUAUCUGAAUGUACAGCAUCAUGGGAAUUCUAUGUAAUGAUCAUGUGUGAUGUUUGUCAAGGUUUAGAACAUAUUCAUAGUAGGGAAAUGGUUCACAGAGAUCUUAAGCUGGCAAAUAUACUGAUAAAAAACGGUAAAGCCAAGAUAGCUGAUGUUGGAAUGGCAACAGAAGAAAUUAGCAUCCAGGGAACAUUCACAGGUACACCUACCACGAUGGCACCCGAAAUCUUCCAAGGGAAACUUUAUGGAACUUCGGUGGAUAUUUAUAGUGUUGGUAUUAUGUUGUGGGAAAUGUGGUAUGGACGCCCUGGUUAUACUUUUCCAUCCAGCGAAAACACCGAGGAGUAUAGAUUUAUAGCUCAGAAUAUGACGGAGUUAAGUGUGUUUAUUAUCAAUGGAACAAGACCCGAUUUUGAUAAUAAAUUCCAACCUCAUCAUAAUUUACAGUUUUUGAUGAAGAAAUGUUGGAGUGGGAAUCCUACGGACCGUCCAACAGCUGAAUGUGUGUUAAACAAGCUGAGAGAAAUGCAAUAAUUCAAAUGGACAAUAAACCUUUCUUGUUAGUGUACAGUAAUUGUGCAAACGUUUGUAAUAAACAGAGUUAUACCCCUAU